GUUCAAUAUGGUUCAUAAUGUAUAAAAGAUAUAUACUAUUCGUCUUCUGCUUAUGGAAGACAUGUUACAAACAAAGUCUGCUGAAACGGUCCGCUCGCCGGAAACAGAAAAUGGAUUUUUGGUUAACCCCUUUCUUGUCUCUCUAAAUAAUUUCUCUAACAAUUAAAGUCGAGCUUCUCUCAUAUUUCCUCUUUUAUUCAUCCUUCAUUCUAUUGCCUCCAGAUGCCGAAAAUACGCUCAACAACGAAUAUGACUCCAUGUCACUCUACCAGUAACUACUCACCAACAUACACUUAUAAGGAGCAAACCUUCAGUCCGUUUCUGAAAGCAAAACAACCUAUAUUACCUCCUCUAACAUUACCAUCGCCAGAAACAAUCCAUUAUUCCGAUACGCUGUCUCCAAUAACCGCUGCUUGUGAAAAGAACACAAAUAUAACAUGUCAUGAUAUACGUUUACCAACUAUCAAAGAACUGGAUUACAAUAACUUUCAAAAUACACCUCUGACAUGUCAGGCACAGCUUAGGGAAGCACAUACUGAAUCCCCUCAGCAGCAGUAUCGACACAGAACUGGCAUCCUAUACAAACCGUAUCCAUUGCCAACAGACAUAACCGAACAACGAACCCCUAAAAAGAAUGUAAAGCAGUUCCUCCGAGAAGAACCAAAAAACCAGAACAAUGAAAAUAACAAAAAGAAAAGAGCAGCGAAACCUAGAAAUCGCUGUCAUUCUUGUAACAGCACCGAGACACCAGAGUGGCGUAGAGGACCCCUAGGACCCAGAACUUUGUGUAAUGCAUGUGGUUUGAUUUGGAUAAAGCUUUCUAAAAAAGAUGAUGAAAAAGUUUCUCCUCUGUUUACUACUGCUCCGCCACUGCCAACUACUGAGAGCAUUAGUUCUAAGGAAGAUUCUGUUACUUUUCCCAAUGAACAACGUAAUCCAUCCAUUGUAAAUGACAACACCCUCUCAAAAAAGAAGCUGAACACAGAAAAAUUUACACUUUCCUACUUGCUAAGCUAACAAAUACUCGCACAAUUAGGACUCCAAAAUGAGCAAAUCCUUGUACUUUUAAAAGAAUAAAAAUAAACA